GCCACGCCCUCCAUUAUGAGCUUCUCCGCCGAACGCGUGACGCAAGGCGUUGUUUAGAAUCUUGGUCCAACCGCCGCUAGAGAGAGAGAGGCCUUGAGUGCCGUCGUCUUCCUUGGAGGCCGCCAUGUAUCGCCAGAGCUACUGGCCGCCCACUCCUCCGUACUCCGCCUGCGCUGGGUUUCGGAGCCCUUCCCCCGGAGGCGCAAUACCGACGGCCUCCCCGCAAUUCGGGCCCCGAAGCCCCCGCCACACGCCGCCUUACGGGCAGCGCUCCAGGCCUUACGACGUCCCCAGCCGCUCCCCGCGCUUCGCUUCUCCGCCGGAGGGGCCCCACACGCCGCGAAGGCCCCACAGCGCCAGCCCCCGAUACGCCGGUCCAAGAGGCAGAGGCGGAGGAUGGUCCCCCGGCGGCGGCGGCGGCGGCGGCAGCGGAGGCUCCCAUCACCAGCAGCAGCCCUUCAAGCAGCCCUUGUCGGGGGGCUACCAGAGAUACAGCCAGGGUUCACCGAGGACAUCUACUCCCUUUGGUAUGCGGCACGGCAGAGAGAAAAGAGUGCCCAAUGAUGAUGUGGAAAACUAUUACAAACCUUCAAUGCUUGAGGACCCCUGGGCAGGCCUAGAGCCGAUAUCUGUUACAGAUGUUAACCAGCAAUUCAGCAGUAAGCAAACAACGUACACUGGUAAAAAGGGACGAUAUUUCAGUUAAUUUUUCUAUAAGUGGAAUAACAAGCUUUGAAAAACUGGGACAUGUUUUACAUCUUCAUAUUUAAAAUAAAGACGAAUGAAGGACAUGGGUAUACUUUUAUUUCAAUUACCCAUAAUUUUUUAUCCACCCAUUUUUACUGCAUCAUCUAUUUUUAUAUGGGGGGGAAAAGGAAAGAGAACGUAAUACUCCUGUCUAAGUAGAACGGAGCUUCCAGCAAUGAAGAAGAAAGUAUUCUUUAGUCACCAGCGCAUUAAUUUGUGACAGUUUCUGAUAUUUACUUCUUCUAUGCAACAUUACGUAAUGUUUACUGUUGUAAAUUUAUUGAGAAAGUGGUAUCUUUUAUGUUAGAAUGUUUUUAGAACAAAGACAGAUUUGAACUGAAGUAAAUGCUUUGUAACACUUACACAUAAUUAUCAUAGGGACAAUACAGACGGCGCCAAAGGAGCAGCUUCUGGCCGCCCCCGAUCCAACAUUUUUCCAGCUCAAAAAGAAGAGGCAGAAAGCCACUCCUUUUUGAAAUGGGGAAAAGGCAGCUUUGCCGCCACUGCUUUUCAGCAUUUCUGGGUGCAGUGCAUGUAAACUGUAGUCUGAAUUACCGCUCUUACUGCUGGUCUGUUUUGCCCCAUACUUCACGUAAUGCAGUUGAAAUUCCUUGUUUCCUGUGGUUACUUGUAGGCUAUACAAGUUUUUUGUAUGUUAUCUUGUUUGUAUACAAAACGAGAAAUGAAUUCAGCAGGUUUGAUAUGUUCUCUUCAGAAAGUGAUUUGUAACUACUUUCAUGUUUUAAGCAUUCCUUUUAGAAACUAAACCUUACUAGUUUUGCGCCACAAGACCACCUUGUACACUCAAGUUGACCCCAUAAACAAAAAUCACUUAAUUAAAAGAAAACUCUUUAAGUCAAGGAACAGUGUGUACCUAGUGGCAAGUUUAUAAUUUUGUAUGUCAUAAUUCAUUACCUCUCUGGAUUUAUCAAAUGACACUUUUUAUUAAAGCAAUUUAAGAAUUUAA